CUCCUUCAAUCGGACCGGUUUAUUUCUUCAUAAUCGAGUUAGGGUUUGGUGAAAACGUCUAAACCCUCCUUCAAUCGGACCGGUWAGUCCYMUMCCGGCGGAAAUGGCGGACGCCAUUUGCAGAGUCCUCCGUGACGGAGCACUAGAAGGUGAACACGCAACGUCUCUCACGAUAAACGACUCUGUUGACUCACCGUUCGGUCCCAUCGUAUUCGAUUACAUUUUUACUCAGCUAUCGUCCUACAUUUCUUCGGGGAAGUCUCAGUCUCGAGGUGUUGUGCUCGUGGCUUUUUCUAGGAGUCCUUCGUUCAUAGUUGAAUUGCUUAAAAGCAGAGGAAUUGAUAUAACAACUACACACGAAUGGUUGAGGAUUUUAGAUUGUUAUACUGAUCCUCUGGGUUGGAAGGAACGGCUUAAAGAGCGUGGAGCCAUUAAAACUCCGUCAACAGAGGCUUCACUUAUUGUUAAUCUUUGCAAAGAUGUGAGAAACUUGGAUGAUUUGUUCUCUUUGAUUAUUGCGUUAGGAAAAGGACUGGUUGGGGAGGGGAAAAAUCGUUUCUCGGUCGCCAUCGACUCGGUAAGCGAGAUGCUAAGACACACAUCCUUGUCUUCAGUCGCUAGCCUUUUAAGCAAUAUCCGGAGCCAUGCCCAGAUAUCUAGUGUCUUUUGGCUACAUCAUUGUGAUCUCCAUGAUAUGAAGACCGCUGCUGCCUUCGAAUACAUGUCUUCAAUGGUGGCUAAUGUAAAACCACUUUCUACAGCAACAAACGUAUUAAGAGAGAACUCUGAGAACCUUUCUUUGCUUGAACAAAAUUACAAACGAGGGCAAUUUCAUGCAUCUCUCAAGCGCAGAAAUGGACGUGUUAGGAUUAUGUGUGAAGAGUUCUCUAUUGAACAAUCGCUCAUCAAAUUCACAUCUUUGUCAGCUGGGAAGAACGAAACUGCACAGAGCCUUGUUCCUAAGGUGCAAUUCAAUCUUCAGCUUUCCGAUAAAGAACGAAGUGAUAGAGCAAAAGUUGUACUUCCGUUUGAACACCAGGAAACGGGGAAAUCAGUUCAAAUUUAUGAUGGGCGUAGAUCCGUGACCGAGGGCAAACACGUAUCAAGCAUUGAGAAAUUGCAAAAACAGGAGGAUCCUGGAAGGGGAGAGAUCAUAUAUUUCCGUGAUUCAGAUGACGAGAUGCCGGAUUCUGAUGAGGACCCAGAUGAUGAUUUGGACAUAUAAAUCCAUAUAUUCUUGCUACACAAGGGAAACGUGGUUCAUUACGUUCAAUCGUGAGGCUUCGCCAAUUGAUAUAGGAUAUAAGGUGAGAUCAAGUGUAGUAAAGAUUGAAGACCACAGCCCCCAGCUCACAUCACUUCUCGCUGUUCUGAGACGGUUUCUGAAAAUACGAAUGAUUUCCAAAUGUAUUGUUCUUAUUUGGAGCCUAACAUCAGUUAGACAUGAACCAUCAAAGCGAUGUUGUACGUGUGGGAACAAAGUUUUUUUUUUAUGGAGAUUGAGAAGGUUCCAUACAUGCUAACGUGGUAGCAGAGCCGGGGUUUAAUAUCGUCUAGGUAUGAGUGGGGAGGGGGUGUUGGAGUCCCACAGACAUACACCAUCAAACAUGUAUAUAUAUGGGAGAACCUUCAUUCACUUUACAAACGUUUGAGAUUUCAUAUAUCCGGUAUUAUGUGGAAUUUAGAAUUGGAUUUCAUUCCAAACUUGCUUUUGGUUUGAGAUGUUCGGA